AUGCGAAAAACAAUCCAUAUGAUAGUAAAAGACAGGCAAAAUUUGGGGUAUGACAAAGGUGAAACAUUGUCUCAGGCCACUAUUGUUGAAAAGAUCACAAGAUCCAUGACUCAGAGGUUUGAAUAUGUUAUCUGCUCAAUUGAAGAAUCAAGAAACAUUACUGCAAUGUCUAUUGAUGAGUUGCAGAGCAGCCUUCUUGUACAUGAAGGAAGAAUGAAGAGGCACAUAGCUAAAGAUGAAGAGCAAGCUCUGAAGGCUUCCAAUCUUGGCAGGGGCAACAAAGAAUGGUUAUUUGAUUUUGAUUCCAGUUUUAGAGAAACAAUGAAACUUGGUGAUAACUCCAUUAUGUCUGUCAUGAGAAAGGGAAAUCUUAAGCUGCAUUUAGAGGGGAAGAUAAGUGUGAUUAGUGAUGUGUAUUAUCUUCCAAAUCUUAAGAACAAUCUGCUUAGUAUUGGCCAAUUACAACAGAAGAAUCUUACUAUAGUGUUUAGCAAGAACACCUGCAAGAUAUUUCAUGAAGAAAAAGGGUUGAUCAUUUCAACUCCUAUGACAGCCAAUAGAAUGUAUGUUUUGCUUGCACCAGUUAUGAUGCCUCGGUGUCUUGUAGCAAAACAUGAGGAUAUAGAACAUAUAUGGCCAUCUUAA